AUGGCAGCCACGCGCCUCCGCAAAACAUUCCAAUACCCGUCCGAAUCCGACGACGAAGACGCCGUAGAGCAAGGCAUGGACGAACAAGACCAAGACCACCUCAUCUCCACCCUCUCCGCGCGCGACACAUCCACAACACGCAUCUACACGCUCCUCCUCAGCGCGCUGCCCCUCGCCCCCGCACUCCUGCACAUCCCUCUGCUCCUCAGCAUCUCUACCGUCAUGCCGAGUCUCGCAGCGAUAGCAAGUUUCCUCGCAAGCGCGUACACGCUGUACUUCCUCCCACUGGCGCCGCAAAAAAUCAGCAUUUUAAACAGUGCGGAUUUGAAGGCAAAUAAGGGGAAGAGGGGAGGAUAUCAAGCGGCGCAAGUGGAGAGGAGAGCUGUGCCGUAUGUGUCGGAUGAAGUGGCGGAGAUGUUGGCGAAGUACAUGGUUCCUGCGAAUGCGGGGCUGUGUGUGUUGAUGGCGGUUGCGGAGUUCUUCUCGGGCCAUGAGUGGAGCGAAGGCCUGGCUGUUGGUGGCGGGUUUCUGCCUGGGUUCGUGCUGAGCGUGGUGUUGUGGGCGCGCAGGGAGUUGAGGGUCGUGGAUAUGACGGAGUUGGAGAAGCUAAAAUUUGCUUCGAAAACUACAUGA